GGCAGCUGCUAUCAAUCAGUUUUCGUUUCAUCGAAGCUGUUGAUAUUUUUUAUUCAAAGUUUUGGUGUAUACUAUGACGUGUUUUACGUUCAACACCCGCAGCUUCUUAAUUUACUUCAAGCCGUCAUUUGUGUAUGGCUCUCCCGUCAAUCGUCUUGCAAAAAUGCGAGUGCAGUGAUAAAGUGUAAAAUGGUACAAGUGGCCGAAGUGAAGGAGAAUUUUGUUGUGCAAGGACCUCACAGAGAAGCUUUGAGGGAGGAGCGCCGUAGAACUGGAAGAUAUGUAGCGACUGUGAUAGCAAUUUUUGUUUCUUUAUUCGGUUUGUAUCAGGCGAUGGCUCGAGGGACGCCCGAAUAUGCAGCAUUUUUUUUACCGGCACUGAUUAUGUUCUUCUACGUGCUUUGGAUUCUAUACGCUUCCAGGUCUCGCGGCAAACUUUCCACCGAUGGAACUACCGAAGCUCUGGAAGACAAUAAAAGUGUUACUGAGAAUCCUUCUGGGGACAACAGUGGUACAAAUCCCAAACCAUCCACCUCCCAGAAGCAACACAUUUUUUCUAGAUCCUAUUCCGUAGCGUAAUUGAAAUAAAUGAUAUAAUGUUCAUUGUUUUUAUACUUCAGAUACGAUCAAUAAAUUUUUG